CACGCUGCAACGUGCGGAGUGCGCGAGUUUGCAACGGCAGCUCGAGCCGGUCUGCCGCCAGUCCGGCACCGGCAGCAGGCCUCGUCACACCACAGCCGACACAAUGCGCCUCCUCGUGUGCUUCCUGCUGUGUGCAGUGGCGUCGGUGCUCCUGCUGACACAAGGAGCCCGGGCGGAACCAGAUCCUCAGGAUUCGGACAGCGCCAUCUCCAGCGAUCGAGACGGAAAGCUGUUUUUCAAGUUCGUCGUUCGCAGCACGACUACGUCCUUCUCCGUCGUCAGAUCCACCACGACUGUUCCAUACACGUGCAUCAGCGCGGCGAGUACCACCGCUGUGUGCGCUGGACGAAGGAAGAGAAGGAGGAGGAGGACACUGAACAAGCCAGAGGAGGAGUCUCUGUCAGCGGCAGGAGAAGUACCAGCAAUCCAGUCUUCCAUCGGAGACCAUCGGGAGAACACUGACACGAGUUUGAAAAAGGAGGACCGCCUCAUCAUCACCUCGUGGUCGACGCGCCUCACCACCUUCACCUCAGUCAGCACGGUGACGACGUUCGGCUCGACGGUCUCCAUCUCAGUCCUGUGCACCCUGGGAGGCAUCAGCCAGUUCCCCAACUGCUAACCGGCUGCCAACGCAACAAAUGGACAUGUCCCCCGAUGCAACAGGUCAACAGCGUAUUACCGCAAAACUGUUGCACAAUACUGUUCUGUUUUGAAUCGGCGAAUGUUUUUUGUUGCCACGAGUAUCGUCGGAGUAUCGCUAUGGAGUGUUUGUUAUGAGACAUAACUUGUUAAAUACAAUGCUGUGCUGCACAAAUACAUAUUGAUAACGCAGGCUU